AGAAUUCAUUGAAGUCUCGAGAGAAACAGUUGGAAAAAAAAAUUUCUUUCACUUUGUGAAUGAGCUUUUCUAUUAAAUCAUUUGAGUGGGAAAAGGAAGAAAAAAGUGGAAAAAAAGAGAAAGAAAAAAAUAAUAAAGAUUCAAUGUGGAAAAAGAAUUGCAAUUUGUGAAAAAGUUUUUAGCCUUCCGAGAUUUAUUGAUUGUUCAACACCUACAAAAGUGAAGUAAAUUGUUUGUGUUAAAAAUAUAUAUAAGAGCACCCACACACACAGCGAUAUGAAGCAAGAAAUGCACCAUGAUAUGAAAAAAUCAAAUAUUAAAUGUUCCAUUCAGUGUCACUAAGCAAUGAAUUUAGUUCGUAAAAUCACAUUUACUGCUUAAGAAAAAAUAAGUAAAAUAAAAAUUAUAACAACUCAUAGUAAAAAAAAAGAAUUUCCAAUCUCUACAUAAGUCAGUAAAAAUGUUUUAUUUGUCAAAGAAAAAAUUAAUUGAUUUUUUACCGUCAGUUCUGCUGCUAAUACUUCUUAAUGACAAAGUGUUGAUAAAUGGUCAGGGUGCACUUGUUCGCCCACAAGAAUAUAAUGGUGCGCAUACCGGCUCCAAUGAUUUAUCUGCACUCAGCAGUAAAAAAUCUGGGAGUGUUUCAACUGGUGGCGGAGGUGGUGGCGGUGGCGGUGAAAUCAUGAAAACAUCAGCAAUGAAUCUUCAUGAGCCCAGUUGUGAAGAGCUUCGAGCGAUGUGGCAAUUCUCAAAACGACAAUCACGUGCAUCAGAAAUUACAAAUGAAAUUCCAACAUAUCACGAUCCGUUUACAUAUAAUGUGUGGGAUCCACCGUUCUUUCCAACGACAACACGCAGCAUGGGCGGACGAAGAAUAAGCUCUCGAUACCGUGAUGGUACACCACGUCCAGUUUAUGGUCGUGUUGUGCAUAAACAACCACCACAACUACAGUCACUGCCGAUAGGAGGACGGUAUUAUGACAUUCCACCUUCUCUUGAUCGUGCUCGCCCGUCUUACGAUGACAUUCGCCCUUUCGAAAAUGGAUUGCUUGGUAAUCAGCAACAGCAAGCACAGCAGAACCGACGCAAUCGUCCGAAAGUUCGAUUUGGUAACGGUGGAAGUGGCAACAGUAUAUCGGGAUCUCCUAACGUAGCACAGCAUGCGAUUUUCGGAUCAACAACAGGGCUCGGUGCCAAUCAAAUUGCACCACAACGCGGAAGUUUUCAACGUUUAAAGCAGCUAGUUUGGACCGAAAGAGCUCGAGAACUUGAAGAACAGAGAAAGAAUGAAGCGAUUGCUGCAAGGGCUGCUAUUUUGAAAGACAUCACAAAUGGUCAACAUUAUAAAACAUCGCUGUCAUCACAAUCAUCACGACGGGGUAAGAAUGGACAUAGCAGUAAUAAAAAUAAACUGCUGAGAAAUGAAAAUAAAGGCUUUGACAAUAAAGAUGACAUGCAAUUGAUAUCAAAUCAAUAUUGGACGACAAACGACAAUGUGAAGCGAUCGUAUCGUCAACCAUCAAAUGGCGACAUGAAUGAGAACAGUGUUUACAGUUCAGAUGUGAGUAUCAGAGAUUAUUUAGCUGAUGCAGCUCCAAAUGCACUUGACGAGGUUACAUAUUUCGACGAUGAUGAUGAUUUAGUAGAUUAUGACAUAAAUGGUUACUUCAAUAGUGUUAAUCAAGACAAUAUCAAUGACUUUUACUAUUACAUUAAUCAACUGCUAAGUGAAAAACCUAAUCAGAAACAAAUUUAAGCUUUAAAGUUCUUGAAUCACAAGUAAACAAUGUCUGAAGAAAAACAAAUUCAUUUCUAUGGAAAUAAUAUGAAAAACGUCUUUUCCAUAUCAAAAAAGAUAAAAGCAAGCCGUACAAACAAAAAGAAAAACUGAAUUGAAGAUGAAAACUCACGGAUAUCAUAAAUAUUUAUUUAUUUAUGGUGGAAAUUUUUUUAUCCAGACGAAAAAGAAGAAGAAUGAUAAAAAGAAAUCAUAUCAAAUACAGUGAACUCUUGAUAUAAGAAUAGAUGAAGGGACCGGUGAAAAAUCUGUUGCAUAGAGGGGAAAUGUUGUAUCAAGGGAAUUUUCUUCCAAAUUUCGAACCAGAUGCAAUGUAACAUCGAGUAAAUUGUUGUAUCGAUAGUAUGUUAUAUCAAGUGUUUACUGUAUCUAAGAAGUAAAAUGAAGAGUUUCUUUUUCUAAUCCAAACGUUCUUUCUUGUGGUGAGAGAAGAAUAGAAAAAUAUUUUCUAAAGUCAGGAUAAAAAUGACAGAAAGUCUUUCCUCUUAUUCUCAACUUAAUGCAUUUCAAAACACUUUCAUAUCUAUCUUUUCUCUGUCGACGACUCUUUACUCUUGUCAACACAUAUCUCACCCAUCUCUUCCUGCUCUUAUCUCUUAAUAGAGAUGACAAACCCAUUUUACUUACUUACACUUCUGCUAUAAUGAAUAAUCAACACUACAUAGAAAGUGAAGCUUUACAAAACGAUUGAAAAUAAAGUUUUAAGGAAACAAAAAAGAGAAUAAAAAGAACAAGAACAAAGGAACAAAUUUAAAGGGCAAAUGACAAUAGUUAUGAUAC